AUGGACCGCGUGCUCGACACGAUCGACCGCAGCGGGAUCCUGGCCGGCGUGGCCACCGAGGGCCGCCGGCCCGCCAUCAUGCUGGACGUGGACAACACGCUGGUCUUCUGGAUCCGGCACGACGCGGCCGAGGACCCGUACGGCGACGCGCAGCCCAUCCAGGCGACGAUCGACUUCCUGGUGCGGCGGUGCCUCCCCGACGAGGGCGGCGACCCCGCGCAGUACGAGUGCUACCUGGUCACGGCGCGCACGUGCGGCGAGGGCGUGGGGCGCGCGCUCGCGAAGAACCUCCAGGACGCCGUCGGCGACGGCAUGACGCAGGAGUGGCUCAAGGAGCGCCUCCUGUUCGUCGGGUCGCUCAUGGGGUGCCACUCGUGGGAGCACACCGCGAUCAAGGACCUGGCGCGCGCCUGGCUGGAGGAGCACCGGAACGUGCGGUUCGUGAUGAGCGUCGGCGACCAGGACACGGACAUCUUCGGGGAGCACUCGGGCGUCAAGGUCAAGCUGCAGAACGCGGCGUACGACGCGCGGGACGUGUCGGCGCACCGGUACACCUGGGAGCCCGAGGCCGGCCAGUACCCGGACGACGGCGACACGUGGCGCAAGUUCUGCUCCCUCGAGAAGGCGUUCGUGCGGAGCGCGCCGGACUUCUGCUACGAGAACGCGCUGGCGUCCGGGGGGUUCGUCGACGACAUCAGCCUCGCGCGGUGCAUGGACUGCGACCCCUCGCGCGGGGAGGACGAGUGCACGCUCUGGCUCGGGGACCCCGACGAGGACCGACGACGACACCACCACGCCGGGGAGGACGCGUUCUAUGGCCUUGCGUCGGCGCUGGCCUUCAUGGUGGUCGUCGUGGUCAUCAGCCUGGCGAUCGUCAGCCUGUUCAUGGUCGCCACGAGCUGGUUUGCGAGCAGCCGGCCCCGCCCGCCGCAGCCCGACAUCCUGGGCUCCCUGCUCAUACCCGGGGAGCCUCUGCACCCGAUCGGGGAAAACUCCCCCGCGCAGUACCACGAGGGGGUGUGGCGGGGGUCCUCGGCCGCGGAGACGGGCGCGGCGGCGCAGCUCGCGGGCGACGGCGCCCCCGCGGAGGUGGAGGCGCUGCUGAUGACCACGCUCGAGGGGGCGGGGGAGCGCGGGGUGGCGCGGCGGGAGCUGGAGGCGGGCCUGGGCGCGGAGCACGGCGCGGAGAGGUUCGAGUACGCGCUGCAGGGGCUGGUGGACCGCGGGAUCGCGGCGGAGGCGAACGGCGUGGUCCAGCUGAUGAUGUAG